AGUUGAAUUCUACUGUAUGCCACGGGGCUCCGGUGGUGGUAGUGCAUCUACAAUAGCAGAGCCUGUUCGGGCGUUGACGUACCAUGAGAAUCCACAUAAGAGAGGCACGCAAGUGACAGUACUCAUACCGGCGUUCAUGGCAAAGGUUGAUAAGACUGUUCCACUGGUCAGCAGAGGAGAUGUCCUCGAGGCGUUUCGGAAGUUGCCGACUAAAGCCAAACAGGAACUCCUCACUAUCGUCGAUGCAGAACUGGUGUCACGGAUAAACGAGAUAGAUUUGGAAGCGAGAAAGCAACAGCUACACUCCAUGGGCCAAUACCCCAAGCAUAAGCGCCUUGUUGGGCAGUCAGCAUUCUACCUUUUCAACAGUACUAAGUUGAUGCAGGAUAUUCUCGAUUCUUCGGGGGCCCAAGCUCUUGCGCACGACCGCAGUGUUAAACCAGACGUGCUUCAGCCCAAGUAUCACCCGGUGCUUAACGACACGCUUCUUCCGUUUAUCCACGAUCGAUGUGAAGAUUUCCUUGCGAACACUAAGAGAAUGCGCUCGAGAAUUGUGCGGCGAACGGAGUUAUGGUAUCGUCUCACGGACUUCGCCACAGGAGAUCCGAGACAUGUGGUCGUAGAUGGAAUUGUAGCCCAAGCUCUGGAAUUUCGUAUUCUGAGCGAAUACUACAGGGACAAAUUCGAGUCAAUUCGCAGUAAGUAUCUGAAGGAGGCCUCUUCACCAGCGAAGGAGCCACAGAGGAAGUCGAACGGCUCGAUCUCGACUGACUCUGGAGAUCAGCAGCAACGAAAGAACGUGAUGAUGACUUCGGAAGAGUAUACCUCGGAUACGUUGAGAUCUUCGGUACCCUCUAAUCUCGAACCGGGUCCCAACGGGAAUCCAAGCGAGGCCCCAAAGCUUCCAUUGAGGCCAGAAGCAGGGUUGUCGCUGCCCCCUGAGCCAGAGGCUGGUGGCAAUGAUGGUGAAUGGCAUGUUGUUGGUAAACCGAAGGUGAAGAAAGGCUCAGUGCCCAGCACUACUAAAGUGUCGUCAUUAAUGUCACCAAGGCGCUUGGCUCGGCGUAGAGCCGCAGAAAAAGCCGCAGCCACUUCGUCUGAAUUGGUUAAACCUCAGGAGAAGGUCACCGCACCAGCGGCGUCACAUGACCGUCAGUCAAGGGUCGAGCAUGGUGCAGGGUUACUCACGGUGAGACGUACUUUCAUUCACAUCGAGGAGGAGCCUACUGAUGAGUGUCUGCGAUAUCACCCGAGUAUGCUGUCGAAGGAAGCUCCAUUUUGAGGUUGCGGUCAUUGCUGAUUAACAGUGGCAUCUUGUCACGAUGCUUGUAUCCCGUUGUUCCUUUGUCUUUGCUGCUCUUCCUAGUCACUGUCAACCCUCUUCUCGCCAGAUCGCGGCGUUACUGCAUACAUUGUGGGAGCAUUGUUGCUGUAUCUGUUUGACCAUAUCAGUGCUCCUUCUCUGUAAGUUCGAGUGACUUGAUCUCAAGAGCUGCGACUCCUUUUCGUAUUUUUCCUCCAUGGUGCAGAGAAUGUUAUUGAACAGAGCUAACAUUUACAGGACCAACUUUGUGAAGAUUGAUCACCUU